AUGAACUGGGAAGACUGCUGGGUCCAAAAAGACACGCACACCACCACCGGCACCGGCCUCUUCGCGCGCCAACAGAUCCGCCGCGGCCAGCCCAUCUUCCGCACCUGCCCCGAAGCCGCCGUCAACCUGUACGUGCUGCAGCUGGUCAACCACAGCUGCAUCCCCAACAUGUUUGCGCUGCAGGGCCUCGACGCCGGCACGGGCCUGCUCGACUGCCGCUUCUACGCGCUGCGCGACAUCGCCGCCGGCGAGGAGCUCACGCGCUGCUACGACGACCGCAUGCUGCUCGAGGAGAGCGUGGCCGCGCGCAGGGCGUGGUUGGCCGACAUGUGGGACUUUGAGUGUCUGUGCCCCAAGUGUGUCGGGCAGUGGGUGUACCCGUUCUGGGACUGCCCGCAAGAUUGGAAGAUUGAUUAUGCGCUGCCGGAUGAGGUGCUCUCGGAGUAUAUGAAUGGGCUGGUCAGGGCGUUUAGGGAUGAGUAUAUGAAGCCGUGUGUGAUGGAGAAGACGCGCAUCAUGUCACAGAGGACGCUGUUUUCGCUGCAGUGUUUCCGCGACCAGGUCAAGUUCACGGCGAGGAAGCUCAAGAAGCGGACGUUGAGCACGAGGUACAAAUUUAAGAUUGGUGGAAAGACCUUGCAUGAUUAUGCUUGGAGUCAGAACUAUAAGAAAUUGCUGAAAAACUAA